GUGUCAGGCUGGUACUGGCAUGUGUCCAGUGGACAAAGCUCAUCGGAACCAGUGCCAGGCCUGCCGGCUGAAGAAGUGCCUGCAGGCGGGCAUGAAUAAGGACGCUGUGCAGAACGAGCGUCAGCCCCGCAGCACAGCUCAGGUCCGCCUGGACUCCAUCAGCGUGGAUCCUGAGAAGGAGCACCUGGCCACCACCCGGGAGCCCACCUCCUCCUCCUCCUCCUCUUCCUCCUCCUCCACCUCCUCUGGUGGCUCUGUCAUCACGUGGCCUCACAUCAGCUCCUCCAUGUCCAUCAGCUCCUCUGUGGCCCCCCAGCGCUGCGUCAGUCCUCAGAACAACCACCGCUUCAUGGCCAGCCUGAUGACGGCAGAGACCUGCGCCAAGCUGGAGCCCGAGGACGUGGAUGAAAACAUAGACGUAACCAGCAACGAGCCGGAGAGGUCGUCCUCGGAGUACCACAUGGCUCUGUACCCGGCCGGCUCGGAGAACGUGUACGAGACCUCAGCCAGGCUGCUGUUCAUGUCGGUGAAGUGGGCCAAGAACCUACCUGUGUUCUCCAACCUGCCCUUCAGAGACCAGGUGAUCCUGCUGGAGGAGGCGUGGAGCGAGCUCUUCCUGCUCUGUGCCGUCCAGUGGUCUCUGCCGCUGGACAGCUGUCCGUUGCUCUCACUCCCUGACCUCUGUCCGGGCAUGCAGGGUAAAACCGGCUACACCAGCCUGGACCUGCGCCUCCUGCAGGAAGUCUUCAGCCGCUUCAAGGCCCUCGCUGUGGACCCCACCGAGUUCGCCUGCCUCAAGGCCAUUGUGCUCUUCAAGCCAGAAACUCGAGGUUUGAAGGAUCCAGAACAAGUGGAGAACCUCCAGGAUCAGUCUCAAGUCAUGCUGGGACAACACAUCCGCUCCCACUACCCCAGUCAGCCGGCCAGGUUUGGAAAGCUGCUUCUUCUGCUUCCUUCGCUGCGUUUCGUGAACUCGGAGCGGAUCGAGCUGCUCUUCUUCCACAGGACCAUUGGAAACACUCCUAUGGAGAAGCUGCUGUGUGACAUGUUCAAAAACUGAGUCAGUCUGCAGCCACCUCCUGGUUUGGACCUGAUGAGGACUCAUUUCUGCUUUGUACAUAUUUAUCAGAUAUUCUGCACGUUGUUAUUUUUUUAAAGGCCACUUUAUUGUUUUGUUGCUUCCGUGUCAAUUCAUUCAGGAAAAAGCAUUUCGGUUCCCGUCGUCGGGCCRGCCUCGCUAUCAGUUUGUAUCAUACUUAGAUGUUGAUUUGUGUCUGAAGUGACCCAGUUCUGUCUUUUAGAGURGUGUGUUUCUGUGAAAGAAAUUGUUUAUUAGAUGGACUGCAUACUCUGUCUCUGAUUAUUGUGACUCUUCUCUUCAUAUUUUAAAGGUUUGUUAAAAUGAAAACAGCUCAAAUGACUUUUGAUUCUUUAUUUCAUCACAUUAAAACAAUCAAUACGUCUGAGA